CUUCUCUCACCACGAUGGAGCCCUAAUUAUCUCGGGACAUUCAAUCCCGGACUAGUAGUCAUGCAUAUAAAGUGAAGCUGGACUUUCCCCUGUUCCACACUUCCUUAGAUUAACCCCUAGACGACAAGAUGCGUCUCAGCCUUGUGAGCGCGGCCUUGUGGGCCACGGCUGCAAUUGCAGUGACCCUCACAGAAACAAACAACACAAUCACCCUCGCCAAUGACCGACUAACCGCCAUCCUCGACAAAAGCGUCGGCCAAGUCAUCGAUCUCUAUCUCGACGGACAAGACCUUCUCGGCCCGCAGUCCGGGUCAACUGGUAUCGGACCAUACCUCGACUGCUACUGCAUCCCGUCUGGCUUCUACACAGCCGGCGCAACAACACCCCGCAUGGCUGUCGUGCAGGGGACCGACUCAACAGGAACAGACUACGGCGGGAUGAUCCUCACAGACACAUACACGCCUACCGGUCAGCAGUUCCAGCAAUACUGGUUUCUUCGUGACGGCGAGACAGGACUACACAUGUUCAGCAGGCUGACAUAUCACAACGAGACAACACCGUAUCUGCGCAAUCUGCAAGAAUUCAGGACUCUCCUCCGCCCGAAUACGGAACUGUGGACGCAUCUCUCGUCAAGUGAGAUGCAGACUGCGCCAUUACCGAGUAAGGAGGCGAUUAAGAAUGAGGUUGUGGUGCAGGAUGCGACGUGGCGGUUUAAUAAUACACCUGAUGAUGCGUAUUAUACGCAGUUUUCGGAGUAUUUUACCAAAUAUACAUUUUCCAAUAUGUGGGGUGAGAAUAGCGUUCACGGACUGUAUGGUGAUGGAUCUACCUCGAAUGGCUCUACAUACGGGGCGUGGCUGGUGAUGAACACAAAGGAUACAUACUACGGGGGCCCCCUCCACUCCGACCUCACCGUCGACGGCAUCGUCUACAACUACAUAGUUUCCAACCACCACGGCGAAGGAACCCCCAACAUAACAAACGGCUUUGACAGAACCUUUGGUCCACAGUUCUACGUCUUCAACGGGGGGAAGACAUCGUCUGCAACAUUGCAAGAAUUAAGAUCCGAUGCUGAAGCCUACGCCGAUCCGAACUGGAAUGCAGAGUUCUACGACUCCAUCGCUGAACAUGUCGUUGGGUACAUCCCGUCUAGCAAGCGUGGGAGUGUAGAUGGACAUAUCGACCUGCCUGACGGUGCCGUCAAUCCAAUUGCCAUUCUCACUGUAGACGGACAGUACUGGCAGGAUAACUCAAUCGAUGCUUCUUCACACCAAUACUGGACAGACAUCGCCACAGAUGGGACCUUUCACAUCAACCGGAUCAAACAAGGAAAGUAUAGACUGACAGUCUAUGCAGAGGGUAUAUUCGGCGACUUCACCAAAGAUGGCAUUACCAUUGACGCUGGAAGAACCACUCAGAUAAAUGAGAACUGGACACCCGAGUCCGCAGGAACAGAAGUCUGGCGUCUCGGUGUGCCGGAUAAAUCAUCAGGAGAAUUCAGACACGGCAAUACACGCGACACCACACAUCCACUGUAUCCCCCUGAAUAUCUUAUCUACUGGGGUGCUUAUGAUUGGCAGUCUGACUUUCCAGAUGGUGUGAAUUAUACCAUUGGAAAUAGUGAUCCAGCGGUGGACUUUAACACUGUCCACUGGUCUGUAUACGGGCGUACGCCUGAUAAUCCAGCUGUGGAAUAUGAUACAACGCAUGACUGGAAGAUCAACUUUUCUCUCGAUGAGCAGCAACUAAGCAAAAAGGAUACAGCAACGCUCACCAUCCAACUCGCGGGCGCAAAGACCGCAUCAGGAAAUACAGACGUCUACAACCCAGACGAAGAAUACAACAACCUAGCACUGGAAAGCUACAUCAACCAACAGAGCGAGCCACUGACGAUGUUGAUUGGCUUCAACCAGUCGAGUAGCUGUAUUGUACGCUCUGCCGUGAGUUGCUACCAGGUUCGAUCGAGAAUGCAGUUCCCAGCAGACUGGUUGAGAGUGGGAGAUAAUGUGCUCACGCUGCAUUUGCCAUAUAACGCAACGGAUACGGAGACUGCUAUUUUACCUGCUACGGUGUAUGUGCAGUACGAUGCGUUGAGGUUGGAGUUGUCUUGA